UGCGUCAUUCAGGCGACGCUGCCAGCGUAACGUAUCAUCUAGUGGACGGUUCUUCAGAAACAGCUCGUCAACCACCUCUGUAGCUUGCUAGCCAACAAAGCCUAUUUAUACGCUUUCGGUGGAUAUUUGCUACUGUGUUUUAGACACACUUCUGUUGUAUCUACUUGUUAACCUAUUUAAUGUAAUAUUACGUUAUUUUGUAAUAGUCAGCUAUAGCAGCUGGCUGGUUAAGUUAGCACUAGCCUAGUCGCUAAUGAUAAACAUCACCGACCAUGAGCUCCCUAAACUACUCCCCUCCUGUUAAAGUAGAGGAGGUCUGCUGGACGGAGAAAGAAGCUCUGGGGCUGAACAUUGUUGUGAAAGAGGAGAAGGAAGAAGAGGAUGUUACAGUAAAACAAGAAGAGAAAGACGUUUUUGGAAUGAAGGAUGAAGAGGGGGAGAUUACUGUCACAUUAGAGGAUGAUGAAGAAGAGAAGACUGGAGAACUGAUUAACACCAGUAAAUACAGAGAGAGACAGGACUAUCGUGGAUCCUCUGGGGAUCCUCAACAACAUCAUGAUGCUGACGAGGCAGGGAAGAGUCUCUCCAGAUCAGAACACCUCAAGAAAUACCUGCAGAGACCCACAGGAAAGAAAUCUCACCACUGCUCUGACUGUGGGAAGAGUUAUUCAAGAUCAGAUUCACUUAAACUACAUAAGAGAAUACACCAGCGAGUACACACAGGAGAGAAACCUCACCACUGUUUUGACUGCGGGAAGAGUUACUUAAAAUCAGAUUCACUUAAACUACACCUGAGAAUACACACUGGAGAGAAUCUUCACUGCUGCUCUGACUGUGGGAAGAGAUUCACCUCUUCAGUAGACCUUAAAAUACAUCAGAGAAUUCACACUGGAGAGAAACCUUUUGGCUGUGAUCAAUGUGGGAAGAGUUUUACUAAGCCAAGCAACUUGAAAUCACACCAGCGAAUACACACUGGAGAGAAACCUUAUGGCUGUGAUCAAUGUGGGAAGAGUUUUACUCAGUCAAGUGGCCUGAUAUCACACCAGAUAACACACACAGGAGAGAAACCAUACAGCUGUACUCAAUGUGGUAAGAGUUUUGCUACAUCUGGCUAUCUGAAGAUACACCAGAGAAUACACACAGGGGAGAAAUCUUUUAGCUGUGAUCAAUGUGGGAAGAGUUUUGCUACAUCUGUCUAUCUGAAAAUACACCAGAGAAUACAUACAGGAGAGAAACCGUAUAGCUGUAAUCAAUGUGGGAAAAGUUUUACUCAGUCAAGCAGCCUGAAAUCACACCAACGAAUACACAGGAGAGAAAUCCCAUAGCUGUAAUCAAUGUGGGAAGAGUUUUACUCGGUCAAACAGCCUGAUAUCACACCAGCGGACACACACAUGAGAGAAACCUUAUGGCUAUGAUCAAUGUGACAAGAGAUACUCUGAUAAAAUAUAUCUAAUCAAACAUCAGAAAAUACAUACAUGAAGGAGUUGUUUCACAAUAUCAAUUAAAUAUUGUCACAAUGUAGAAUGUUUUAACAUUGUAGUCUGAGUAUUUGAAUGAAUUUCACAAUGUAGCACCCUAAAUGUUUGCCCCCUGUUCAUUUGAUUUUAGCAUGAUAUGAAUUUUAGCCAAAUCCAGGCUCUGAAUUGAAAGAGUAUUAUUUAUGUGAUUUAACAAAAAAAGAGUUGUGUUACACUUACCACGUUGGUGACCCUCUUGAAUCAAAAUGCAACACUUCAAAAUGUAGCCAUCUGUUUACAUCUAUUACUAUUUAUGUAAAUUAACAAAAAGUGACUUAACAAAAAAAGAGCAGGUAUGAUGUUGUUUGUAUGAUGUUGUCGUGUUUUGUUUAUAAAAUAAAAUAUUUUCAGGUCUUUUUUCAAUGACUUGAUAAAUUAAUUUCAACAUACUUGUCGCCGAUUCACAUGGAUGCAGUAUAAUACAUUUUAUUAACAUUCAUACAUCACUCCAGUAUUUCUUUACACCAUUCAAAUGCUAAUUGUCUUUAUUCCACGACUGAAGUAUGAAUCAAAUUACCUCAUAUUUCAAACAUUCCGCCUGACAAAGAUACAUGUUUUAUUAUUCCAUGCCUCACCAUUCAUUAAGUUAAUUAUUGCCAAUACAUAUUAACAAAGGGGUGUAUAUUUGAUUUUGAUAUUUCAUAUUUACAAUUCAUGUAACGUUUAAUUUGACUUUAGUUUUUUGGGUUUCUUGAUGGAGAACGUUAGAACAAAUAUUGGAGUAAAACAAGCUUAUAUUUUGUGUUGGAUGUUGCAUCCAAUUGUUAAUAUUUUAAUCAAAGACAUUUCCUUAAAAUGCUCAGGCUUUCAGUUAAGUUUCUGUUUGUUGUGUACUAAAUAUUUCAGUUUAUUUUUAUUUGUUUUUUUCCUGUGAAGUCAUGUCUGAAAUGUACUAUAUAAAUAAAGCUUGAUUUGAUCAUAUUGCAA